GAAAUGGCAAUCACACCUUAUCCGAGAAGCUCGAUGUCUCUUCUUUUGAUCUCUCACUUGAAUCCCUUUAUCUUCGAGGCCACGACUGGCGGAUGGUCAAUCGAUACUUUGUUUGUGGACUCAAAACCUGAAUGGCUUCGUACUAUCAAAUCAUUCAUUUACCCACCUACUUUAAUGAACUUUCUUCCCCUUCUCAACUUGUUUGCCCCUUCAAUUGAACAUCUUAUUAUAAAGCACCCAACGUGCUAUUCAUCUGGCUCAAUAAGCCCCUUUCGUUCCCUUCGAAUCUUGACGCUUGUGCUCGCGAGUCACCGUCGUUUAGGCCGCGAUUUCCUAACCUUGAUUGAGGCGGAGAACUUAGCUGUUAUAAAACUCAAAUUUCAUACAAAGAUCCCAGAAGAAGAAUCCUAUGCUCUGAAGGGCUACGAAUGGAAACAAUUUUGCUCGUUGCUUUUGAAGAAGUUUCCAAAGAUUGGGAAACUUGUGAUCUGGUUUGCGUUGGGCAAGUAUGUUGGUCAGGAACGAAGAAAGGAGAUUGAUGCCAUAGUGAAAGCACUCUUCCCUGACUCGUGUUUUGCGGGAAAUGAGAUCGGAGUCACAAAGUGGGGUGAAUUCGUGGUCGCGCUGUUGCACUAAAUACUUACUCAGGUGUUGAGAACCCUUAUGGACCUC